AUGCCUCGACACGCCUCGACACGCUUCGACACGCCUCGACACGCCGCCACCCUCCUCCUCCUCCUCCUGCUGCUAGCGCCAGAUGAAAUUUCGGCUGCAGCGGCUCCCUCCGCAGCAGAGCUCGAGUGCGGGCAGCAGCGGGAGCUGGGCCGCGUGGUGGGGGGCACGGCCGCCCGGCCCGGCGAGUGGCCCUGGCAGGUGAGCCUCCAGCUGCGGGGGCAGCAUUUCUGCGGGGGCACCCUCAUCACCCCCCAGUGGGUGCUCUCGGCCGCCCACUGCUUCCAGGGGCCCAACGGGAGCCGCGCGGAACCCGGGGCCUGGACGGCGGUGGUGGGCCGGCUCCGGCUUCACGAGCCCGGCGGCCAGGAGCGGCCGGUGGCCGAGGUGGUGGUCCACGAGGACUACCGGCAGGUGGAAGGGGGCCACGACCUGGCGCUGGCCCGCCUGGAGACCCCGGUAGCCCUGGGCCCCCGCGUGGGCACCAUCUGCUUGCCGCAACCCCGCUACCCCUUCGCCUUCGGCACGCCGUGCUGGCUCACCGGCUGGGGCAACGUGGCCGAGAACGUGUCCCUGCCGGCGGGGGCCCCCCUGCAGAAGGUCUCCUUGGACCUGCUGAGCGCCCCCACCUGCAACUGCCUCUACUCCAACCUGCGGCGCCGCGACCUGGCCCGCCCGGCGCGGCCCGGCAUGGUGUGCGCCGGCGGCAAGGAGGGCGGCCGCGGGGCCUGCCAGGCGGACUCGGGGGGCCCCCUGGCCUGCUUUUCGGGGGGCCGCUGGGUGCAGGCGGGGGUGCUGAGCUUCGCCGUGGGCUGCGCCCGCCCCAACGGGCCGGUGCUGGCCACGGGGCUAGCGGCCCACGCCGGGUGGCUACGGCGCCACGCCGCCCCCGCCGCCUUCCCCCCGCCCCCGCCGCCGCCCCCCCCCGGCCUGGAGGACGGCAAGUGCCUGGGUUGUGGGAUGCAGGGGGGGCCCCCCCUGGAGCCCCCCAACGGGGCGGGCUGGCCCUGGUACGUCAGCCUGACUUUCGGGGGGCUGCACCGCUGCGGGGGGGCCCUGGUGGCCGAGAGCUGGGUGCUGACGGCCGCCCACUGCUUUAUAGGGCGCCAGGUGGCCGAGGCCUGGCAGGCGACGGUUGCGGGGUCGGAGGCGCGGGCGGGCGCCCGCCUGACCCUACACGGGGCCUACGUGGGGCCGGGCCGGGGUCGGGACCUGGCCCUAUUACGGCUCGAGCGGGGUCUGGUAUCGGGGCCGGCGCUGCGCCCCCUCUGCCUGCCCUAUAGGAACCACCGGCGGCCCCCCGGAACCCGCUGCUGGGCCCUGCUCGGCCCUAAAAGCCCGGCCGUCCCCGAGGAGCUGGGCAGCGUGGAGGUGACGCCGCUCGAGUCCCCCGCGCCCCGUGGGGACGUUGGGGACACCGUGGAGGACACCUUCGGCGUCACCGUCCCCAACGGCACCAGCGCCUGCCAGCCGGACCCGGGCUCCCCUGGUCUGUGAGGAACGGGGGAUCUGGUUCCUGGCGGGGACGGCCAGCGGGGGGGGUUGCAGGCUGAGGAGCCCGACGACCCCAGUUUUUGGGGGACACCGCAGCCCCCGGAGGACCCCAAUGUUCGGGGCUCCCCCAAACCCACGGGGGACCUCAACCCUACUGAAGACCCCAAUGUUCGAGGCUCCCCCAAACCCGUGGAGGACCUCAACCCUACUGAAAACCCCAAACCUUCCGAAGACCCCGAUGUUCGGGGCUCCCCCAAACCCGUGGAGGACAUCAACCCUACUGAAGACCCCAAUGUUCGAGGCUCCCCCAAUCCCAAAGAAGAUCUCAACCCUACUGAAGACCCCAAUAAUCGAGGUUCCCCCAAACCCGUGGAGAACCCCAAACCUUCUGAAGACCCCAAACCUUCUCAAGACCUCAACCCUACUGAAGAUCCCAAUGUUCGAGGCUCCCCCAAACCCGUGGAGGACCCCAAACCUUCUGAAGACCCCAAACCUUCUGAAGACCCCAAACCCUCGGAGGACUCAGGUGACCGGGAGCCCCCCGAGCCCCCCAACGCCACGGGGCCGCCCCCGCAGGACCCCACUGAGGGUGGGGUCCCCGCUUUUUGGGAUCGCCCCGAGCCCCUGGAGGAACCCGGGGACCCCGAUACCUGGCAGCACCCCCAGACCCCUCAGGACCCCGAUACCUGGGAAGGUUCCGGCGACGCCUGA